AUGAUGUUUAAUGAUAAUAAUAUAGAUUAUACUAAGAAAUCAUCAGAUUGGAAACCUUCUUCCAAUAAGUUGAAUAACUUAAUCAACUUAGAGUGUGAAACCUAAAUAACAGCAAAAAAACAUUAUAACCUUAAUUACACAAUACUCAAUAAAAGAAAUUCAAGAUAAAAAUAGGAAUGGAAAGGAUGGAAAAAUCAAUUGAUUUAAUAUAUCAAUCAAAUUAGUUGUAAUAAGUAAGAAUGA